UCUCCUCGGGAUUCUGGGGCUGCGUCGAUUUGUCGAGCUUUUGGCGCGAGUGCGAGAAAUUUCGAAAAUUGCCUGAAUUGCGUGAGUGCUGCACAAAAAAUGCUGGACCCACAGGACCGAAGAGGGCCGGGCCCCUAAAUAAAUACCCAACACACCUAAAUAAAUAAAUAAAAAUAUCAAUUAAAUAAAAUUAAAUUAAAUGCAAUCGAAAUAUUAAGUGUGGCAUAAACAAGAUUAAAAUGCCGAUCAAAAAGGUGGCGGUGAAGGAGUACGAUUCGCAGGAUGAGGCCAGCACCGAGUUGCUGGAGAAGCUGAAGCAUCUCGACCGCCGUGUGGAUGCCGCCGAGGGCGGGGGCGUGGCCAAGGGGGCGGCCGGCGGACGGAGGAGCCCCGCAGGAUUCGCCUGCUGGCAGUCGGUCAAAUGGAAGUCGGCCCUCAAUCACAUCGGACUGCUCGUCUCGCUGUCCAUCUACUGCGGCGUGGGAGGAUUGAUUUUUCGGCAUUUAGAACGUCCUGCGGAGGUGGAACGUCUCUCGCAUCUCAAGGAUGUGGUGAAAACCCACAGGGAACGCUUCAUGCACACCAUACUGAACAACACCGAGGUGCGCAAUCUCGACGAGCUGUUGUCCUUUGAGUUGGCCAAAUAUGAAGCGGCGGUUCAACUGGCGGCUGAGGGAGGGCUGCUGAUAGAUAAAGAUAAAGACUUUCCAGAGCCCUACGAGCGAUGGAGCAUUCUGCAAGCUGUGUUCUUCUCCUCGACUGUGUUAACCACCAUAGGCUAUGGCAAUAUUGUGCCAGUCACGACUGGUGGUCGAGUAUUUUGCAUUUGUUUCGCCCUCAUCGGCAUCCCCUUCACCCUCACUGUGAUUGCCGAUUGGGGUCGAUUGUUUGCCACCGCCGUCUCGGUUUUUGGCAAACAUAUGCCCACCAAACCAAAGUUUACCAAUUUUAUUGGCAAGACCUGGUUCUAUGCCAUUUUGGCCGUUGGCUUUUUGGGCGUUUACUUGGCCGCCGGAGCUGGUCUUCUGUUGCUCUGGGAGGACGAUUGGACCUUCUUCGACGGCUUCUACUUUUGUUUCAUCACGAUGACAACCAUAGGAUUUGGUGAUUUGGUGCCAAAGAAACCCAACUAUAUGCUGCUGUGCACGCUGUACAUUCUCAUUGGCCUGGCCCUCACAUCGACCAUAAUUGAGCUUGUGCGGCGACAAUAUGCCACCAGUUGGGCCAAGCUACAGGAGCUUUCUGGACCCAUGGCGGAGACUUUGCGUCGACUGGGCGAAACAGCAGGCACUGGACUCGAUUAUACCGCCCUGCAGAAGGUGCUAACGGUCUCCAUGCCGAAAUGGAAUAGCAAGAAGAACGAUCACAGUCCCGACAUUGCUGCCUUGGAGGCCAUCACAAAUGCCAUUUUGAAGGAGGUGAAGGAGGCCCAGAACAACAAGCCCAAGGUCCUGCAGAUCGUCAUCUACGAGUCCUCCGUCUAGAUUCUAGAUUUAUAAAAAAAAAACCAAAGAAAAAAUCAGACAGCGAGAGAGCUUCCAUCGCAAAGAAAAGUGCUGCAUAAUUUUGGGCAACCAGGCAGAAAAAAAAAAGAAAGAAAAUAUCAAGAAAAAUAUCAAACGUAGUUAGUUGCGGCCGCUGAGAUCGUCAAUCGUCGCCCAUGGAUUACAGUGGGCACUGGCUACUGUGGCACUGCCAGACUUCCAUAUAUGUUUAGUGUCCGUACUUAUAGCUAUUAUAUAGUCAAAUGUCUAGGCAAUAACAUUGCUCAUACGUACUGAGGUCCCCACAACACAAACACACACACACACAUACUCUCACACAUGCAAAGCGCGGCAGGUGAUUUAAUAUCUACAUAGAUAAUAUAUAUAUUGUUUUUUUUUUGAGGAAUUCUAACCGUAUGUCGUAGCCUAAGUUAUCGUUAAUCUUAAUCGUAACUCUUGUCCAUACCAUGCAUAAUUGUCAUCUUACAAAUAAACCAAGAAAAAGACUUUAA